CCAGUGGUGUUAUUGAUGAAACAUUGAUGUGAUUGUUACAUACGUGCUCCUUUAUUAUUAAACUUAUGUACUUAAAAAGAUGUGAUGCAGUUAGUGAGAGUGUAAGCAUUGUUGAAUGUGUUUAAAAUACAAGAAGAGGAAUAUAAACCAAUAAUGUGGAAAUGUGCUCGUGAACGCGAAUUGAAACAUGGAGAUAUAUAAGAAAUUAUUCUGGGCACUGCUCCAAGGAUUCGUGCUGUUACCCACAAUCGCUAUGAGAGACUCCCACGUAAUGAAUCGUAAGAUGGCAGAUGAGCCCCAGUUCGAGCGUCCAAUUGGCAAUCAUACCUUUCACAUCGGCAGAGAAGCUGUUCUAGGAUGCUCAGUAAUCAACUUGGGGAAACACAAAGUGGGCUGGCUCCGAGCUGAAGAUCAAACAGUUUUAUCGUUACACGAGAGAGUGGUCCUCGGUCCCCGGUAUACAGUCAGCUUGGAUACCCCAAGCACUUGGCAGUUAAGGAUCCGGCCUCUAAAAGCAGAAGAUCGGGGCUGCUACAUGUGUCAGAUUAAUACACAACCAAGCAUGAAGUGGCAGAUUGGAUGCAUAGAUGUAUACGUUCCGCCUGAUAUAAUAAAUGAAGAGACAUCAGCAGAUGUAUCAGUUCAUGAGAUGGAUAACAUCACGCUGAUAUGUAAAGCGACUGGACACCCACCUCCGAAGAUAACUUGGAGACGGGAGGACAAUGAGUCGAUGCUAUUGAAGAAAGUUGGAGGCAGGGACUUUUAUAAAGUUGUGAGCUACGUGGGCAUGUCACUUCCGCUAUGGCGUGUCGAUCGACGGCAGAUGGGAGCCUUUCUAUGCAUCGCAUCCAACGAUGUACCACCUGCAGUCAGUAAGCGGAUCACACUUAACGUUAAUUUUCCCCCAACAGUUAUAGUGCCCAAUCAGCUUCUUGGGGCUCCUCUGGGCACUGACGUGGUACUGGAAUGCACUGUUGAGGCGUACCCCAAUACCAUUAACUACUGGCUCAAGAAUAGGGGAGAGAUGUUAUUAGAUGGGCCAAAAUACGUCAUAUACGAAGAGAAGUCAUCGUACAAAGUGAUUAUGAAAUUAACUAUUUGUCAAUUUAUGAAAAGCGACAUUGGAACAUACAACUGUGUGAGCACAAAUUCGCUCGGCAAGGGAGAAGGAACAUUACGACUUUAUGAAAUUAAAUUAUAUCCGAGCUUACAAUCCGCUGCAGAAAUUAAUGUGGGCGGUCUAACAGAAGGUGCUGUGAAGCAAAAAACAUCUCAUAGUGUGUCAAGUAAAAAAUUAACGAGGACUAUACAUGUGUUACUCAUAAUAAUUAUUUAUGUGUUAAAUUAAGAUAUUUAUGAAUGUAUAUAAAUAUUCAUAUAAGUUUAAUUUAUGUGU